UCGUGAGAGACAGAGAGAGGACGGAGGGGAGGGGGGGGUUGUGUUUUGGGUGGGUUUUUUAGCUUUAAGGUUAAUUGAAUUGAAUUUGCGCUUUUAAAAAUGAGCACGUCAAUGUCUGUCAAAGUGUCAAGACUCGCUGUCGCGUUCUCAGUUCUUUCAGGUUUUGCUUUUUGGCUCUUGAAUUCACCUUUUAUGUCGUCGUCUCUACCUCUCUCUCCCCAACUGCACAAUUUGGAUUUGCUUUCUUCUUGAAGCCCAUGUGAAAAUGGAAGCUCUACCGUCCCAAAGCGUCCUUUCUUCCCAUUCUGGGAAAGGAGGAGGAGGUGGUGGUGGACCCCAGAGGAUGAUUGACGAGGAGGAAUCGACGAUGGAGGUUGAACAGGAGAGGAGGGGUCGGGGGGUGAAGGAAGCACAACCAACGUGGAUCAAGCUAGGCCUGGGGAUUGGUUCUAACUCCGCUGCUGCAAAAAACCCCGUGACUGAACACGGAAAGCCUGUUGCUGUGGUGGUGACGCCAGCUCAGUUGCAUGAGCUUCAAGGACAGACCCUAAUCUACAAGCACUUAGAGGCUGGUCUUCCUGUUCCUCUUCACCUUCUCGUUCCCAUUUGGAAGAGUGUCGCUUGCUUCUUUGGGCCCGCUAUUUAUAAGCUAUACCCUAGCUUUAUAGGUUAUUUUAGUCCUCAGGGGUUUGACUAUAAGACCAUGAUGGAUCCUGAGCCAGGAAGGUGUAGAAGAACUGAUGGGAAGAAAUGGAGGUGUAGUAAGCAUGUGGUGCCGGAUCAGAAGUACUGUGAGCGGCACAUGCACAGAGGCCGUCAGCGUUCAAGAAAGCCUGUGGAAGCUUUUGAAAUCUCAUCUCCUUCAGAUUCAAUGCCAUCUGACAAAUUUGGGGAGUUAAAUCCGAACCGUGCCAAUUCAGCCACUGUGGGACUUCAACUCAUGACCCCUUCCAGCCAUAGUAUUUCCUCCACCACCACCACCACCACCACCACCAGUAGCAAUAUUGGAAGCAAGAAAUAUGUCAGUUCUGAUACUAUCGCCACCAGAACCCCCAUACCUGCCAUUGCAGCAACCAUGACCACCAUACCCGCCACUGCAGCCACAAGGGCCACCACUCUACCCACCUUCACUACCAAUUCCAUCAACAGAAUCGACCAUGUUUCUGAAAGAAAAGAUGUAAGUGGCAACCCGCUCAUUUACAAUCUCACCAUGAAAAGCAAUGGCAACAGGGUUGUAUCACCGGGAUUGGGCUUCUCACCAAAGAGUGUUCUUCAAGAUCAAGGUUGCAACAGUUCAUGCUUUGGAAUCAGAAAUGGCAUAGAACUUGAACCGGGGAGGUGCAGAAGAACAGAUGGGAAGAAGUGGCGGUGCAGCAGGCACACUGUUCCUGAUCGAAAGUAUUGUGUGCAGCACAUGCACAGAGGUGCCAAAAAGCGUGUGGCAUCUGUUCCCACAGCUUCUUCCAGUGUUGCAAUUCAUAGAGCUUCACCAUCUCUCUCUACCAAUGUACCCAACGAGGCAGGUCUUUCUUCUCUGAACACAGAUCUUUCCAUCUCAAUCCAAGCUAGCUCUCAACUCCUGCAAAUUGAUGAAAAAAGUACUACCAGCAGUAGCAGUGACACCACCAUUACGGACACCAGCAUCACUGCCAAUGAAUACGGUUACAUUUCCUCUUAAGGUGCUGUCUAGAAGACCAACCAUGUAAUCUUUGAAGUUCUUUUGUACCAUUCCAGCGGUUGAUACACCAGUCUUGAGGCGUUGUUGAACUAUUUGGUUAAAUGGAUGCACUGCUUAUAGUUUUGCGUUUUCGGCUUUCUCACCCACAAA